AUGAAAGUACUUGAAAAACCACAGAAUGCCUUCCCAUUUGAUAUAAUAUCAUCACGCAGUUGGUUUACCUACCGCUACGUCAAACUUGCUUUUAUUUGCAUAUGGCUUGGUUUUAAAACUGGAGAGUUGUUAACUUUGAAAUGUCUGAUUUUAAAACAAAAUCCUUGGCUCUCUGGCAUUAACUCACGUAUCGACUUUGUGAUCUUGUCCAAAUGGCUUGACUGUUUUAGAGUUUCUCUCAUGAAAAGAGUUUUUAUUACCAAAAAAACCAAUAGUGGAACCCGGUUUAAUUGGGAUUUGCCCAGGAAUACCACAUAUUUCAAAGUUUUUACAGAUAGAUUAUCAACUGUGAUUGAGGAAAUGAAAGAUUUUCCAUGUAAUGCCUCACAAGUAUAUUGCAAAUACAAUUCCGUGCGGCCUGCUCCCACAUACGGAAAUAUUCCACUUCAGUUUUCAUCAAAGUAUGAUAAUUUUCCGUUCCAUAAUGAAGACGUCAAAAUGCAUAAAAGAGGUGGGUUUCUCACCAAAGUCAGCUCUAAGCCUCCAUUGGCUAACAAGAGUGGGACUAGUGAGUGCGGUCACAUUCUUAUACCUGUUGUGAGAGGACACGAUCAUCAGCACGCUUUCAUUCUUCCAUGUAUUGAAGGUCUAAUCUUUCAAAAAUAUGGUGGAAUUAAAAAAUUAAUGGUGGGAUCAAAGUUUGACUACAAAAAUGAAAUUUUUGCUACCUUUAGGGCACUUGUCAUUCCGGACACCUUUGAUCAUGUUGAAUUAUGUAUUUUAUCAAUGGCUAAUGCACAUACUUCAAUAAUUUAUAUUUGUAGAACUUCUGAUGCCUUAUAUAUUCCAAAAAAUUCUCUACGAAUUGUAUCAAAGAUAUUUGCUGUCUUGAACUCUUAUUUACUCCCAAAGAAUAUAAGUCAUUGCAAAGCUCAAAAUUUUUCUGACUUUGAACAGUUACAAAGUAUUUCAGAAUGGCAGGGUUUAGUGCAAAACAUCUGCAUUGAAGCGAAGACAAGUGCUAACAAAUCUGAAGAUGAAGAAAAAGCUGAACGUCUUAACUUCACCAAAAUGGGAAAUCUUCUUAGUUUACCUCUAAUUCUGACAAUAUCCAAUUCGUUACUUUUGACGAAACGUCAAAACCAAUUAUUUAGAAAGCAUAAAUAA